AUGCAGUUUUCAAUAAUCCAGCAGCUGUUGUUGGGUGUUGAUGCCACAGAUGAUGAUAUUCCUGCCUUGGAAGGAGCACCUGAAGGAAUGGACAUUGAUGCACCUCAGGUCCCCUCAGAUGAUGAGAUGGAUACUGAUGAUAUCCCAAAUAUAAGGGUGGUUGUUCUUGAUGGUAUAGUUAUGGGUCCUCAGCACUGUGCAUAUGACAAUUGCACUAAUGAUCUCUCCAAUGCACGUGGUGGAUCACUCACCAACCAGAGUGGCGUAAACAUGCAAAGCACAGCAAACAUCACAAUCAAGCUGGGGUCCGCCGGAUGUUACAACGCCCUGGUGAGAGUAAUCCUUGGGAACCAAAUCGCAGAGGACCAAAUCCCCAACAACAUGAUGCUCCAAAUGCAGAACCACGAGAAGCCCCCAAUUACUUCCGUGCAGGUUUGUGAACAACUUAAUGCAUGGCUUGGUGGAUAUCAAUCAAUUCUCAAACGUAUGACACCUGGAAAUUUCAACUGGUUUUUACACACCAUGCUGUUCUAUCACACAAAUUGUUUCGUGGGCGCCGGGUCGUUGUCCCUGGUGCUGGGUUGUCGUUCGUGGGCGCCUGGUCGUCCGUUGCGUCGUUCAGGUGGUUCCACGUCGCUUGGCGGCUCGUCUUCGUUCGUGGGUGUCCGUUCACGUUCGUCGGCACUCGUCUUCGUGGGCGGUCAGAAACAACGACGACGACGUUCGUCGUCUGGUUGCCACGUCGCUGACUGCGACGUGGCACCUGGUUUGUCGUCAAAAGAGGGACUGGGAGGGGUCGACGUGUUUGCUUACCUGAACGAGGCGGAACGUCGGUGGACGUGCCGCUCAUCGUCGUUCCCAUCCAUCCUGUGUGCGGCCCGUGUGACGGGCAUUGCCAUGUCGUUGUCCGUUGUCGUGGGCUUUGUAGUGGCGCGGUGGUUGUGCAUCGUUGAUGACGGUGGUGGCUUUAGCGCUGCUUAUAUUGACGACAUCAAGAGUUCAAUUCCUCUAGCAUUGAUUCCAUGGAUUCCAUAUGGAAUUCCUGGUGGAUUCCAUGGAUUCCAGAUGGAAUCCAUAUGGAAUAACCCGGGGAAGUGUCUUGCUUUUUCAUUAGCAAAGUUUGUCAUGUCCGAUUUUUUUGACUACAAUGAUAUCCUUGACUGUGUAGGUACAUGA